AUGAACUGGCACAUGAUAAUCUCUGGGCUUAUCGUAGUUGUUUUAAUUGUUGGAAUGACCUUAUUUCUGCUUUAUUUCCCACAGAUUUUUGGCAAAAAUAAUGUCAGCUUCAUUCCUACCGAGAGCUGUGGAACAGUCCCGCAGAUUUUUGGGAGCAGCAAUGUCAGCUUCACUCCCACAGAGAGCUACGGAACAGCCUGCCCCAACAGAUGGGAUUUUCAUCAAGGGAGAUGUUUUUUCUUGUCCAUAUCUGAAUUGUCUUGGAACAACAGCAUGAACUAUUGCAAAACAAAAGAAUCCACUUUGGCCAUUGUCAACACGCCCGAGAAACUGAAGUUUCUCCAGGACAUAACUGGUGCUGAGAAGUAUUUUACUGGCUUACUAUACCAGCAUACAGAGAAAAGGUGGCACUGGAUCAAUAACGUCGUGUUUAACGGCAAUGUUACCCAUCAGGGUCAGAAUUUCCACUGUGUGACCAUAGGCCUAACAAAGACAUUCGAUGCUGCAUCCUGUGACACCACCUACCGCUGGAUCUGUGAGAAGAGGGCCCAAUGA